AUUUGUCGCCCAAGUGUGUCAGUAAACGAACGAAAACGCAACGAAAAUAAAGAAUACAAGAUUUCUUGGAGGAAAAUCAUUUGUAAUCAAAAAGAAAACAAGAAAAUUACAAAUUUUAAUUUUAAUUUGAAUUUUAUUAAAUAACAAAAAAUUCGCUAAGAAAAUGGUGUCUGUGGAAACAAUUGGAUCAAUAUUCAUCAAAGCUUUGAAAUUGGUUCUCAACUUGAUCAUUUUGAUUUUAUAUCGCAUUGGUGAUGGCGGCGAGUUCUUGGGUAUUGGAGGCACUUGGAAUUUAAAUGAAGAGAAAAGUGCCGAUUGUGAAAUUGUGGCCUCGGGCGUAAUGGUGGGCUUUUUCAUUUAUACCGGCUGUCAUACCAUUGCCUUUCUGUUUGGCACAACCAAACACAAGAGAGAAUUAUCCGAUACCAUUAUGAAUGUGGUGGGCACUUUAAUGUGGGUAGCUGUAGGCGGUACUGCAUUGCACUACUGGAAGGGUUACAUGAAGGACAAUGACUAUCUGUAUGUCGCCUCGGAACGCCAAGUUGGUAUUGCCAUGGGUGCUUUGUGUGUCAUUGAGGGUGCCUUGUAUCUUUUGGAUACUGUACUGGCCUGCAUACAUUACUCCAAGGGUGAUACAGACUAUGUACAAUAAUCACAGAACUGCGCAAAAAAGCGGAGAAGAAGCGAGAGCUGCAGUUCUCGAUGCUAAGGGAAAGGAUAAGCAAACGAUGGUUUAAGUUGUAUUUCUUUAUUUUAAGUUGCUAUACGAAUAUAUUUACCGAUCCAUUUUUAAGAUGACCUACUGGGGUGUUAAACAAACUAUGCAUAGGCCUAGGUGCAUACAAGUUUUAAAUAAUUUCAAUUGUUUUUUAUGUAAAAGUCUCUUAAUAGCCCCAAUAUCUUAUGUACAAGUUUGCCUUAUGACCGCUACUAUGCCAUGAACAUUUUGUUAUUUUAAAUAUUCCUCAAUUUAUUUUGUUUUACCACAAGCAGCCUUAAGUUCAAUUUGCUAUUGUAUUUUUUUUAAUAAAGUUUUAAUCUUUUUUUUUUUAGUUAAACAAACGAGACUACAAAUAUUUGUGCUUUGUAA